UGUCCCACUUUGACCCACACCCAUUUUAAUCACUUUUCUUCCCGUGGGAAACCGAGCGGUUUGCGAAGAAAACAAGAAAAACGCUCCGCACACACAGAAAAACGAGGUACCCAACCCGAAAAACCGGCACCGGAAGCUGGAAUUAAUCGGCGAUCGAGGUGCUUAGGAUUCGAAGUGGUCGUCGAUAGCUUCGAGGACCGACAAUGGCGGUUGAGGACGCUCAGUUGAUGGGGCUGCGAAUAUCGCCGUCGGACUCUAACGGAAGCUCUAUUCCGACACCCACGCCGGGAAAGGAGCAGCAAGCCGCCGGCGUCGGGAUUCUUCUGCAGAUCAUGAUGCUUGUCCUCUCCUUCGUCCUCGGCCACGUUCUCCGCCGUCACAAAUUCUAUUAUCUUCCAGAGGCCAGUGCUUCCCUUUUGAUAGGUUUAAUUGUUGGUGGACUUGCUAACAUCUCAAAUACUGAAAAUAGCAUCAGAUCAUGGUUCAAUUUUCACGAGGAGUUUUUCUUCCUGUUUCUCUUACCUCCAAUCAUAUUUCAGUCAGGAUUCAGUCUUCCACCUAAACCUUUCUUCUCAAAUUUUGGAGCCAUUGUCACAUUUGCCAUCCUAGGAACUUUUAUAGCCUCAAUUGUUACUGGCGUUUUAGUUUACCUUGGUGGUCUGGUGUUCCUCAUGUAUAAGCUUCCGUUUGUGGAGUGUCUAAUGUUUGGUGCUCUUAUAUCAGCGACUGAUCCGGUCACUGUUUUGUCUAUAUUUCAGGAACUCGGCACGGAUAUGAACCUAUAUGCCUUGGUUUUUGGGGAAUCCGUCUUGAAUGAUGCUAUGGCAAUUUCAUUGUACAGGACAAUGUCAAUGGUAAAAAGUCAUUUAUCAUCAGGAGAAAACUUCUUCAUGGUGAUUGUCAGGUUUCUUGAGACCUUCGUUGGAUCGAUGUCUGCAGGUGUUGGCGUUGCAUUUAUUUCUGCUUUGCUUUUUAAGUAUGCAGGGUUAGACAUUGACAACCUGCAGAACUUGGAGUGUUGUCUAUUUGUUCUUUUUCCAUAUUUCUCGUACAUGCUUGCAGAAGGUCUUAGCCUCUCUGGUAUUGUGUCAAUAUUGUUCACAGGAAUUGUCAUGAAGCAUUACUCGUACUCAAACUUGUCGGAAAAUUCUCAACGAUUUGUCUCUGCCUUUUUUCAUUUGAUAUCAUCACUCGCAGAGACAUUUGUUUUUAUAUACAUGGGCUUCGAUAUCGCCAUGGAACAGCAUAGCUGGUCACAUGUUGGAUUCAUCUUUUUCUCAAUUAUAUUUAUCAUAGUUGCAAGGGCAGCAAAUGUCUUCUCAUGUGCAUACUUGGUCAAUUUGGUUAGACCGGCACAUAGACAAAUACCUUUAAAACAUCAGAAAGCCCUUUGGUACAGUGGACUCCGAGGGGCUAUGGCUUUUGCCCUUGCUCUGCAAUCAGUUCACGAUCUUCCAGAAGGACAUGGCCAAACCAUAUUCACUGCAACCACUGCCAUAGUUGUUUUGACGGUGUUAUUGAUUGGAGGCUCAACAGGCACCAUGCUUGAAGCUUUGCAAGUUGUAGGUGAUGGCCAUGAUGGUCCAUUACCAUUAGGUGAUAAUUUUGAAGGGAACAAUGGGUAUCUCGCUCCAUCUACCCAGAAUUAUGAAGGGAACCAUGGGUAUCAUGCUCCUCCUUACGAUGAGGAACCAUCCUCAGGGAGCAGGAUAAAGAUGAAACUUAAGGAGUUCCACAAGAGCACGACAUCGUUUUCAGCAUUGGACCGCAACUACCUUACACCAUUCUUUACGAGUCAAAAUGGAGAUGACGUAGAUGGCGAUGAUGAGCCAGUGCCAAUGCCUAGUUCUAGAAGGAGUUACCGCGGUUAGGCCUAAUAUAUGUAGGUGAUAUUUCGUAGAACAACAUAUAUGAUCAAAGAUGGAGCCCGCUUGUAUAUAACUUACAAACUUGUUGCUCAAGUAUAGCUGCAAAGGUGAACUUACAGUGCACAAUUGUCGUCAGCAUUUAGGAAAUACAGUUGCCUAAUUGUGGACGUUUGACAUCCAGAGACAUUUUACCCACAGCAUAUACAUAGACAGUGUAUUUUCACAAUUGGGGCAUUUAGUUGCCAAAUUCUCCCAUCAAAUUGAUUGACUCACCACUAAUCUAUCGUAUAGCAUCUGUAAAUACCAAAUCUAGAUAUUUUUGAAAUUAUUGCUCACAUGUUGCGUUCACCACAUUUUAAAUAUCUGGUGGUGUCACUUUAUUAUCUUUUCUUUCUUUUAUCUUUUUCCUUGGAGGGAGACAUGACAAGUCUACUAUGCUGCUGUUGGGUUAUUGUUGACUUUUUUCUUUCUUUCCUUUUUUUUUUUCUUUUUGUCACAAGAAGUUUAUGGCUCACAUGAAGCCUCAAAUAUAGACCUAAGAAAGUGGCUAAUGUAUCAUUAUCACGGCGGAGCACUUAACCAA